AUGUCUUUCGGGCCACCAAAGAUUGCCAUUAUCGGCGCCGGUCCUGCAGGACUAACACUCGCCUACGUCCUGCACAAAGGCGGCGUCCCAUACACCAUCUUUGAGUCUGAGACAGCCAUCACGGCCAGGAAGCAAGGUGGCCCGGUCAACGUCCGCUACGACCGGGGCGAGAAAGUCCUCCGCGCGCUGGGCCUGUUCGAAGAAUACGAGAAGACGCUAGUCAAUGCGGGAAGCGAACUCAUGUCCCUAGGAGACAAGACCGGGAAGCUGUUCCUCCACCACAGCACGGACGCCGAGGGGAACUUCUACUCGGCCUCCAAUGCGCCGCUCGUCAAUCGUCGUGAGAUCCGGCGCUUCUUGCUUGGACAUCUUCCCGAGGAUGCGGUGCAGUGGGACCGCAGGGUGCAAAGCAUUGUCGCUGCCGACGACGAGACCUGGGAAAUCACCUUUGUGGAUGGGUCGUCCGCCAAGGGCUUCGACCUCGUCGUCGGCGCGGACGGGGCGUGGUCCAAGGCGCGGCCGCUCGUCUCAGAGACCAAGCCCCACUACGCCGGCCAGUGCUUCGUUGAGACGGAGAUUCGCGACGUCGCCAACGCUCCCAAGUCGGUGACGGACUUGAUCAAGGGCGGCAGCUACUGCUUCCCGGAGCCGGAGGCCUGCCUCGUUGCUCAGCACGACGGCGAGAGCAUCUGGAUCUACGCCGUGGUGCAGAACAAGCCGGAGGAGUGGGCCAAAGACCCCGGCUUCGACCAGACGGACUCGGCGGCUGCCAAGAAGCAGUUCCUCGAGAAGGAGUGGCAGGGCUGGAGCGAGGAGCUCCAGGGCGUGGUCGUAAACUCGGACACUGACAUCACUCCUCGGGCAUUCUAUAUGCUUCCUGUCGGAUUCAAGUGGGAACACAGACGGGGAGUCACCUUAAUAGGCGACGCGGCCCAUCUGAUGACCCCUUGGGGAGGUUCCGGCGCCAAUCUCGCUCUUGAGGAUGGGUAUGAGCUGGGCGAGGCAAUUUUGGCUCAGGGCCGGCUCAACAAGUGGACUAAGGAUGCCAAAUUUGUCAAUCGUGGGCUUCUCGACACUGCUGUUAGAGAGUUUGAAGCCGCUAUGUUUCCCCGGGCUGAGAAGGACGCCGAGAGGGCCUUUCGAAACUUGCAGUUCUUCCGCAGCCCAGGAGCGCCGCAGCAGAUGCUGGGCCUGAUCAAGCGAUUAACCACAAUCUACUGUCAGCUCACUGUUUGCGUCUCGACUGAUGCGACCGAGGCCUGGUAUGGUUGGACUCUUCAUGGAAGCAAUGCCGAUCCAGUGGGCGUCUCGUCAUUGCUUGUCAAGAACAUAGACGUUAAUCCGAAGCCACGAGAGAUGUCGCGAUUGUUAGAUGAACGUAGUGGUCACACUGCUGCCGUGGUUUGUGUGUCGUUUGUGUCCGCGGUGGCCUUGUGGUAUGUUGUCACGGCUUUCGCAGCAUGGCGACGACUACGCCAGGUCCCGGGACCCUUCGUCGCAUCAUUCUCGUGUUUCUGGCUGGCGGAUAAGCAUAUCCGCGGCCAUGUUGCCCCGGCCUUUCGUGACCUUAGCAAAUAUGGCUCUGUGGUACGGAUCGCGCCCAAUACAGUUGUGACGGACGACCCCGAGGUGUUGCGCCGACUCUCAGGCGUCCGAAACGGAUACACGCGCCACGAAUCAUACCGGGGCGCAAAGACACACCCUACGCAAGACUCAAUGCUCACCAUCCUGGACGACAAGGCUCAUGACAUCAUCAAGGCCAAGACAGCUGCUGGAUACAGUGGACGGGAGAACCCCGACUUUGUCACUGCGGUGGAUUCUCAGCUGCUGCGACUCAUCGACCUCAUCAGGCGAAAACAUUUGACGGUAGGGGAGAAGACCAACGUUGUCGAUUUCGCUCCUCUAUCCCGUUUCUUCACGCUAGACACGAUCACCAGGCUUGCUUAUGGCGAGGCCUUUGGCCAUCUGGACGAAGGAACCGACAAAUAUGGCUACGUGGGCGAUGUUGACAAGGCACUGAAGGCUGUGGCCAUCAUCCGGUCCAUGCCGCUGGUGCGAGCCUUGUUCUUCUCGCCGCCUAUGCUCAAGAUGAUGGGCCCGAAGGCGACUGAUCCGAAAGGCUUGGGGAAGAUGAUGGCUGUCACUUAUGACAUGAUUGACAAGCGAUUGCGCCCAGAUGCAAAGCUGAGACAAGACAUGAUGGGUGUAUUUGUUCGAAACGGCCUGACGAGGGAAGAGUGCGAAGCUGAGGCUAUGCUUCAAAUCGUAGCUGGUUCUGACACCACGGCCACGACCAUUCGUGGGACCAUGUUCUGCUUGCUCACAACGCCCCGGGCUUACAGGAAUAUGAAAGAAGAGAUUAAGGGCGCCAUUGAGCGCAAUGAGGUAUCACAGCCGAUCACAAUGGACGAAGCGAAGCGUCUGCCAUAUCUGCAGUCUAUCAUCUGGGAAGGGUUUCGAUAUAAGAACCCUCUGACCUACGGCCAUUUCAAAGUUGUCCCACCCGGUGGUGACACACUGAACGGCGUCUUCGUCCCUGGAGGUACGGCAAUUGGCCACAAUAGUCUUGCACUAACACAGAAUACCUCCAUAUUCGGCCCUGAUGUGGAUAUAUUCCGGCCGGAACGCUUCUUGGACGCACCAGAUGCGAAGAGGACCGAGAUGAUCAAGUCUCUUGACAUCGUCUUCGGCGGAGGCAGGUGGACAUGCGCUGGAAAGGCAGUGGCUAUGAUGGAACUCAAUAAGACCUUCUUUGAGGCAAGUAGCAUCUCUCCCAGACCCAAGCGAACUAAUGCUGACCGUGAAAUACCUCUUCGUUCAGCUCAUGCGCGCGUUUGA